ACCUUGGGGCUUUAUUUAGAACCAAUAUUAGUGGUAGCAAAGUCCCCUUAAAACCCUCUAAAGAAUACACAAUUUUUUCAAGUGUUAGUUCCGAUGAGAAGAAUAAAGAAUAUGAAACCGAAAACCUUAUUGCACCUGAACGAAUACUGUUUGUGGCAGAUAUUCCUGCAGAUCAAGAGGAACUGCGAGAGGAACCAGGACCCGACGAGCGGAUUUAACAUUGUGAAGUAUUUGGAUCUCAUAAAUUUCAUUAGCUGUAGCGAUGUCUUCAAAAUGUACAUAUGGCAGUGGGAUCGGGAUCUUCUCCAGAAACUGGGCAUUGUGUUUGAGAUCUUGGGUGAUGGCCGCAUCAUGACCAUCGACUUGGAGCAGGUAUACGAACUAUGGCAAAGUGAGUCCCCAGGGCAAAAGGAAAUAUUUUGGCAACUAUGUGUAAGUGCGAUCCGGGAGAACAAGGAACUGGAAACCAUCAGGGUGGUGUACCAACCAACUCGAUACUAUGGCGAGCAUCUGGAAUGUUUCGAAGCCCUCAUGAAUGCCAUCGGCCAGAAGAAGGGUCUUCGCAGACUGGACAUUGUUCUCAAUGGAUACUGCUUUCAGAACUUGCCAAGAGCCAAGGAAUUAGAAAUAGUCACGGUGAACGCUGGAAUGGAUGCCGCAGACUUGGUGGAACUCUGUCGAUGCAAUCAGAGCCUACGUUUUCUCAGUUUCACCGGUCCAGCGUUAUAUGGCCGGUUCUCGGACAUUGUGCCGUACUGCAACCAACUCAGAAAUGUGGACUUGACCAUGAAGACCGAUGCAGAUGCAUCUGAGUAUGCCACUCUGGCGAAGUUGCCUCAACUUAUGAGUCUGAUAUUAAGGGGAUACCAUCGACGGGGAACUCUGGCCAAACUGUUUCAAGAUCUCGCUGGGAAGUGCCUUGUACAACUAGUUGUGAGGGACACUUUGAUACAUGAGGAAGAAACCCAACCGAUGGCCAGGAUACACAGUUUAAGGACAACGCAAAGCGGAUUUUACGAUGCACAGGCUAUUGCCCCCUUGGCCCGUCAAAGGAACCUCCAAUAUGUCGCCAUAUAUGUUCAGCCUGAUCAAUAUCUCGAGACGGAUAGGUUGGUGGACUUGUUGAGGAACGGCACCAAAGUGCGUUUUAUAAAGGAGCAUUGGCGGUUGCUAGUAAAAUACGAAGAGCGGUGGGGAAAACUGGAAUUGUCACUUGAGCGAUACUGGGCUCUCAAGGAAAGCUAUUGGAAGCUUAUCUAUCAUAUAACUCCAAUUAUCCGUCUACUAAAUGUCGUUUACUUGACCAUUUCAGGGGAAUUUACUGCCGACAUGUUACAUAUUUUAUGUCAUAGCUUGGCAAAGAAAAAGUUACAGGUUCUGAAGACCCUAGAAAUUAAAAUGUGCUCUAAGUUUAGCGAAAAACAUGGAAUUUCUGUUGCCUCCAUUCCAUCUUUAGCAACAUUUGUUUGUGACACUGAAGCUUUAGGCGGAAAAAUAAACUUUAUGAGAAAACAGAGACCAUUUUCUCUAUAAUUUUUUUAAUUUUAAAUAUAGACAAAAAUAGAUUAAUUUAGAACACACAAGACAAUAUUCUAUUAUACCGGAAUACCUUUAGUAAGUAGCUUCGGCCCUACCAGACAUGAGUUGGCGAAAUUGCAUCAAAUCAACCGAGUCUGGUCCUUCCUGGUUUAAUUAAUGAGAGUGACUUGUGCUACUGCCCAUGGCACACUGUUUCACAGUCCGAAAUCAAAGUUACAAACACCAGUUGUGGUAAGAAAUAUAAAAUGUUCCUUUAAAAUAUAAGUAAAGCAAAAAAAAAAACAAAAAAAAAAUGUUUUUAAUUAAGUAUAUUUAUUCCAAAGAGUGCACCGAAGUUAAAAUUAUAUUUUA